AUGGCUAUUAGAAAUAUUUUAAUUUUUUGUGUCUUUGUUGUCAAUAGCAACUCUUGUAAUCUGACAUUCCCGGAAGGGUUCCAAUUUGGGGUCGCGUCAUCAGCAUACCAAGUAGAAGGAGCAUAUAAAGAAGAUGGUAAGGGGCUCAAUGUAUGGGACGAAAUCACACACCAAUAUCCAAAACUUUUCGGUUUCGCAAAUGGAGACGUAACCUCAGAUUCAUACCACCACGUAAAAGAUGACGUUGCGUUGCUAAAGAAUCUAGGAGUCGAUUACUACAGAUUCUCCCUAUCCUGGAGUAGAAUACUUCCCCAGGGAACCACAAACGUUAUAAACCAAAAAGGGAUAGACUAUUACAACGACUUAAUAAACGAGUUAUUAGCGAAUAACAUCCAACCCAUGGUGACACUUUUCCACUGGGACACACCAUUAAUUUUAAAGAAAGCAGGAGGUUUUUACAGCGAAAGCAUAAUCAACUACUUCUUUGACUACGCAAACUUGGCAUUCUCUAGUUUUGGAGACCGCGUAAAAACUUGGACGACUUUCAACGAACCAAAAUCUUUUUGCCAAGAGAAUCCAGAUGGGGUCGGGACCUUAGAUCCCUCACUUCCUUUGGGGUGGAUGGACUAUACAUGCGCUCACAACUUGUUAAGAGCUCACAGCCAGGUCUACCACCUCUAUAACAACACAUACAAACCAAAACAAAAUGGUAUCAUAGGCCCUGUGUACAAUUUGGAGUGGGAUGAACCUGCUAGCAACAAAAGUGCAGAUUUGGAAGCAGCAGAAAGGCGAAGGCAAUUCGAUUUUGGUUGGUAUUUCAACCCCCUAGUCUUCGGUGAUUACCCUGAAAUAAUGAAAACUCAAAUAGCAAAAUACAGCAAGGCCCAAAAUUUAUCCAGAUCUCGUUUGCCCGAAUUUACAGAUAAAGAAAAAAAACAAAUUAAGGGUACUUUCGAUUACAUAGGUUUGAAUCAUUAUUCUGCGUGGCUGAUCAAAGAUGGCGACGGUGUUAUCAACGUUACUACUCCUAGUUUCACGAAUGAUUACAACGCUGAAAUGUACAAGGAUCCCAGUUGGCCUGGAUCAUCAAUUUCCUGGUUAAAGGUUACUCCUACGAUGUUUAGAAAAGAAUUGAAAUGGAUUAAAGAUACAUACAAUAACCCUUUGAUUUUUGUCACUGAAAAUGGGUAUGCUAAUAAUGGGGAACUUAUAGAUAUAAAAAGAAUUAAUUACAUAAAACUCUACUUAACAGAACUAUUGAAAGCUAUUCAUUUUGACAAAGUCAAUGUCCAAAGGUACACACACUGGAGUUUGAUGGACUCUUUUGAAUGGAUUAAUGGAUUUAAGGCUCGAUUUGGACUUCACCACAUAAACUUUAAGGACCCUAAAAGAACUCGAAUUCCAAAGGCUUCUUCAAAAUAUUACAAGUCCAUUAUUAAAACUAAAAAGGUUUCCUUCUCAGAUGAAUGCGUAAAUUAA